AUGACUGAACCAUUACUAUCAACUCCACAAAAUAUACUCGAUCUUCAAGGUGCUGAUUUGUUUGCUUAUGUCCGUCGUUAUUGUAGUGAAGAUAUUGUGAAAUAUUUUGAACUUCUUGGUAUUCGUUCAAUUGACUCACUUCUUGGAAUUAAUGACAUUUUUUUGCGUUUGAAAGAAGAUUAUCUUGAAUUAACUGAUAUUAAGAAAAAACUAACAUUUAAUCGACCUGAUGGUACCUGUAUAAUCAAGCUGGGAAUCCAAUAUGAUAUUAAUAAGUUAUUUGAAAGUCUUCAAAAUACAUUAGUCAACGAUGAACAAGUAACAACUGCUGCUACCGUCAAAGAAGACCUAGUCUUAUCAUCUGAAGUUAUUGAAAAAUAUCCAUUUCUUCAACGUUUAGUCCAUUUUUUCAUCAAAUUAUCUCAAAAUGUUAAUCCAACAGAUGAACCAUUUUUACAUCACUUCCUCGAAAAUCUUCUUUCAAAUUUAUCACUUGCCAAAAGUCGAUAUCGUUACAGUGGAUUUACUAUUGAUUUUGCGCUCUGCUUAUCUAUUUUAGCAGGACGCAAUGCUUACGAAUUUAUCCGUCUCAAUAUACCUGGUGCAUUGCCUAAUUUAACCAUAAUUCAAACAAAAAUAGCUAAAGAAGGAUUUCAUACAGUUGAAGGUGAAUUUCGUUAUGAUGAUAUGAAAAAAUAUUUAACAACAAUUGAUUCAACAUUUGUAUAUUGUGCAGAAGAUUGCACUUCUGCUGUACGCAAAAUUGUAUAUGACGUUCAAUCAAAUUCAUUUGUUGGAUUUACACCUCCACUUGAUGCACAUGGCAUGCCACGAAUACAACAUUUCCAAACAAAUUCAUUUGAAGAUUUAAAAGCUUGGCCAACAAUAGGACAUUCUUCAUUAUUUAAAGUUGCUAUACCAGUUUCUUGGUCAUGGUUUUAUUUAUCAGGUGAACAAUUAUUUUUAUGCAUGCAAGAUGCAAUGCACAUAUGUACAAAACUUCGAAACAGACUUUUGUCAUCUUCAUCUUACAUGUUAAUGGGUAAUAAUACAGUUAGUAUUGAUUAUUUAUUACACCUUAUCGAAUCUAAAUCGAAAUUCGAGCACAAUUUGGCAAAAUCAGACAUUUGUCCUUGUGACAAACAAAAUUAUAGAUCAUGUGAAAAAUUAUGUGCUUCUUUGGAAUAUUUAAAAGGUAUAAAUGGUUCACAUGCUACGGUUGUAUAUCUUACCAUUAUUCGUUGUAUAAUAUUCGCAUUUAUUAGUGCAUCAACAACAACAGCUGAUCGAAUUUAUCAUUCUUGGUUAGCUGUAUUUAUAUGUCGUUUAUGGCGUGUAUGGCUUCAUUUAGUACCAAAACAAGAAUUAAAUGAUCCAAAAAUUUCAAUAUUACAUUCAAUCAAAACUAAAACAAACUCAUCGUUUACAAGUACUAAAUUUAAAUUUCCGAAUCAUCAUAAAACACAACAGAAUCACCAACAAUCAACAAUUCCACCAGAAAAAAUGACUAAACAACAAAUAGAAGAACAAGUUAAUCGCGCAUUCCAAGAUGCUUUUAAUCUUUUAGCUCCUUUAGGUGUUGAACAAAUUUUGAAAAAAUCAAAAAUUAUUAACAUGAAACAAGCUAGUCAACAUAUUCACAAGCAUUUCACAAAGUCAUCAAAAAAAGCAGAUUUCUUAAUAUCAAUGACAACUGAUGAAAACGAUGUUCAAUCUGAUUCUGAUUUAAAACCUGAUUUUGAUUCAGAAUAUGAUUCUGAUUCAGAGCAAAGUACUAUUGAAGAAGAUGAACAAAACGAAUUGGAUUUAUAUGAUUAUGAUAGUGAAGAUGAAGACGAUGGUGGUAUGAAUUUAUUGGGACAUACGACCAAUAGUCUUUUAAAGACUACAAAAGGACUUUGUGAUACUAUAAAUUCUGAUUUGAAAGAUUCAUAUUUUUUGGUAAAUAUUGAUGGAAAAAAGAAAUAUCUUCAUAAAAAUACGGUAUGUUGGUAUUUGACAAAUGAAAAACAUAAACUAUCAUCGGACCGUUUGAAUUGCGUAAUGCAAAAAUAA